GAGAGAUUACCCGCUCAAACACAAUCUUCUCCGUGUGGAUUGCACCCAGAAGGCGACUGAACAUGCGCGGCUGACGUCAACGACAACCGACCAAUUACAGACCGUGACGUAUGGAGCCAGUGCCCUCAAUCUUCACAAACCGCACCUGACUGUACGGGCACCAGUUGUUGUUUUACGGGUUUAACAGAGAGCAUGUGCGUUCAUCGAGCUGCGUAUGCGGACUGGCUGCGUAGCAGGCCUCAUCGAUUCUAAUCGCUGGUUAAAUUUUUCAGGCGCCAAGUGCGGAGACUGAUUUGUUGGAAAGUGCCUCGUAACACUCACACGUAUCUCAAAGCGACAGAGGACAACUGUCUUAGACACUCUGUCUCUACGGAGGGGAACUUAGCUCCACCAAGUCUUCGGAAAGAGGACUUUCUUGAUUAUCAGUGAGCUUUGGAUGUUGUUGCGGUUCGACCAUGGAUGACGUGUAUAACUACAGCACAACACCGUUGUACACGGAGUCAAGUGGGGAUGAAAAGGAAAUAUACGGACACGAUGAUAACGUACGCACAAUCGUUAUAUCCAUCAUCUUCGUUGUAACCGUCAUCGGUAACGUGCUAGUACUCUCGUGGUUGUUCGUGCAUCGUCGAGAGCGCACGAGAAUCCACGUGUACAUGACAUUUCUGGCACUCUCUGAUCUUUCGGUCGCCAUGAUACCGUUGAUGUGCUCGCUGAUCAUGACGCUUAAGGGGAACGUGUGGAGUAGCACCGACGCUGCGUGCCGGGUCCGGAUGCUGCUGGAGAGCAUGGCACUCAUGGCGUCUAGCAACAUGGUGGUGGCAAUCUCCGUGGACCGUUACCACUCAGUCAUGUUCCCCCUGAGAAGACAGCUCUCAGAGUUAAGAGUCAUCCCGAUCGCAUACACCAUGGCGCUCCUGCUGUCCCUACCCCAACUCCACGUGUUCCGGAAGGACAGCGUCAACGGCACCUACCGCUGCAAGACGAUCUUCAAAACUGGACAUGACCCUUACCGCCAGGCGUACUUAGCAUACAUCGCCGUUGUAGUGUUCAUUGUUCCGUUCGUCGUUAUAAGCGGUGCCUAUCUGUGCAUAGUAGCUAAACUCUAUAGUGACGGUAAGAACUUGUUCCAGAGUAACUGGAAGAAGUCGACCCGCUGGAGGACGCUGAAGAUGACAUUCGUCAUCAUCGGCGCCUACGUCGUCUGCAAUCUACCCUAUUUUACCAUAGAGCUGAUCAGAGCUGUAGCGGGGACAUCGGUGAAUAUUGUAGCCUAUAGCAUCUUGAGCGUCUUUGCGCCGUGCAGCAGCGCGUCCAACCCGUACACAUUCCUUUUCUUUAACGCCUGCAGGACUAAGAGGACCCGAAAACAGGGGCAGGGCACGACGACACAGACCGCCGUGCUGGAACAGUCCACGUCCCCGAGGAAUACCCGGGAUGCACGACCGGGUGACUGUGCUUACAAGCCCUCCAAAUCGCCCGUUAAGACUGCUAUAUGACAUGAGAAGUCCGGGUCCCGCUCACCUGUUGUUGCCGAUGAUAUCAUCGAAAUGGAACCAAGAGCGGAUACGGUGUCAAGCUGAGAGAGCUCAGUUUUGAAUGACUUCUGCGGGGUCUUUUAAAGAAAUGGAAGAUCAUUGUAAAAUAUACAAAAAUAAUUGAUCAUUGUAAAGUAUAACAAAAUUGUGUGUUGUGAUAAUCUGCUUUUGAGAUUUCCCUUAGACCAUUCAAAUAUUAUUAUCAAGGGUGUCAGUGGCCUUUGGUAUCCAGAUCUUUGGAAAGUCAUUUGAGUAUUCGUGGUGUAUGAUGCUCAUUGUUAUGAUAUUGUAUUGUGCACGUCAUUAUAAACACUUCUAUUUACAAAACAAAUGUAUGUUUGAAAAUAAAAAUAUUUUGGGUUAAUGUAUAACUGUUGUCUUUCUGAACAAAUUUGAAUAGUGGAUAUAUCUUAAACUAUCAAUAAUGUUUUGAUGGGUAUGUAGCAAAGCAGACAUAUUUUAUGUCAAUGUGCGACUGUUAGACCACCACACGUGUGAAGUAGUUUUUGUGUUACACGUUUGGUAAACUGACCCUUAAAGGCAGUGGACACUAUUGGUAAUUACCAAAGAGG